CGCGGCGGCAGCGGCGGUGGUAGCGGUGGCGGCGGUGGCGGUGGCGGAGGCAGCGGGCGGCCUCUCCGCUACCCUGGGCUCCCGGCGGCCGCGGUUCCGAGGAGCCCGAGACGCGCGGCGAGACGGCGGCGAGCAUUGGGUCAACUCACUAUCCUAAAAGUCCACCCUCCCUAGAAGAAGGGACAGAAAGACCUCUCUGUAAGAAGGGCUUGGGUAUCCCAUGAACGAGACAGCAGAAAACCGAUCGGAGUACAGCAGGACUCCAGAGCCAGGUAUAAGGCUCAGAAAAGGGCACCAACCUGAUGGUACAAGGAGAGGUGACAAUGACAUCCACCAAGGAACCUUGGAUCCUGUUAUAGAGGCAACUGUCAUUUCUUCCUGCCAUAAAAAAAGCUUGGAGGAGCCUGAGUGUGACAAUGAGGCGUCUCAGGAAGACGAGGGAUUUAUGGGCAUGUCUCCCCUCUUACAAGCCCACCAUGCAAUGGAAAGAAUGGAAGAGUUCGUUUGUAAGGUGUGGGAAGGUCGAUGGCGAGUAAUCCCUCACGAUGUGCUGCCCGACUGGCUCAAGGAUAACGACUUCCUUUUACAUGGACACCGGCCCCCCAUGCCCUCCUUCCGGGCCUGUUUUAAGAGCAUUUUCAGAAUACACACAGAGACGGGCAACAUCUGGACACAUCUCUUAGGUUGUGUGUUCUUCUUGUGCCUGGGGAUCUUUUAUAUGUUUCGCCCAAACAUCUCCUUUGUGGCCCCCUUGCAGGAGAAAGUGGUUUUUGGAUUAUUCUUCUUGGGGGCCAUUCUCUGCCUUUCUUUUUCGUGGCUGUUCCACACAGUCUACUGCCAUUCGGAAGGGGUCUCCCGGCUCUUCUCUAAACUAGAUUACUCCGGGAUUGCUCUUCUGAUCAUGGGAAGUUUUGUUCCUUGGCUUUAUUAUUCUUUCUACUGUAACCCGCAACCUUGCUUCAUCUACUUGAUUGUCAUCUGUGUGCUGGGCAUCGCAGCCAUCAUCGUCUCCCAAUGGGACAUGUUUGCCACCCCUCAGUAUCGGGGAGUAAGAGCAGGAGUGUUUUUGGGCCUGGGCCUGAGUGGAAUCAUUCCUACCCUGCACUAUGUCAUCUCAGAGGGGUUCCUGAAAGCUGCCACCAUAGGGCAGAUUGGCUGGUUGAUGCUCAUGGCCAGCCUCUACAUCACGGGCGCUGCCCUCUAUGCUGCUCGCAUCCCUGAACGCUUCUUUCCCGGCAAGUGUGACAUCUGGUUUCACUCUCAUCAGCUGUUUCACAUCUUCGUGGUGGCUGGCGCUUUCGUUCACUUCCACGGCGUCUCGAACCUCCAGGAGUUUCGCUUCAUGAUCGGCGGAGGCUGCAGUGAAGAGGAGGCACUGUGACACCUGCCAGGAGCCGGGACUAUGACCCCGACCGGGGCCUGCGGCACCUGCAGGCCUCCCUCGCUGGCCCUCGAUGCCAGGACCAGAGGAGCCCCAAACGCGGCAGCCUCAGGGGCCUUGUGACGCCCCAGGGCUCCAUGCGGUCCAUGACUGGGAAGAGAAAACAAAUAAAUCACACCUCAAAGGGUGGGGAAGAGGAAAGACGCCCGAACCCUGACUUGUUCUUGGCGCUGCUGGCUGAGGGCUCCAUGAGACCCCAGGCAAACUGGCUUCUGAUCCGUAUCCUGCUCAUUUGUAGACGUGGGGACAGUGUAGUUGGAGGUUCCUUCUCCCUUCCUCUCCUUCAAACAAUAAUACAGACCAAUUUCGGUGAACAUUUAUAUUCUAUUAAGGGGUGAGAGUGUACUUUUAGAUGCUCUUUUGGGAGAACAAAGAAAUUAAUGUAAAUAAGAUUUCUAACUUACUGUUUAAAUACAAAUUUAUAUAAAUGUUUAAAACAUAGGGUAGGGGAGGGAGGGAGAAUUUUUGUAUAGAACGAAACAUGCAAGUACCACACACUGUUUCAAUUUUGCACAAGUGACUAGGAUGAUCAGGUGACAGCCCCAGAAUGUAUAAUGCCUUGUGCACCCAGGUGCCUUCGGAAGGCUGGCACACCUUGGGCCCUGGUGGGGCAGAGCGUCCAGCCCAGCAAUCACAUGGCCACUCUUACGCCUGAGUGCCCUUGUGGCCCCGAGGUGGAAGGACGUGCAUGUAUGUUCCCGGUGGAAAUAGCACGUGAAAGGCUAUCAGGAUGUGUUAGAUCAAGGCUCUAGUGACGGUGUUGUUUGCGAGACUGACUUGUCUACUCUUGACAGUGGCCCUUUCUAAGGAGCAGAGCCAUCUACUUGGCAGAGGGGUUGGAGAGGGGAGACUCUUAGCAUCAGACCUCAUUCCUUCCUGGCAUCCCCUUCAGCUUACUGGUUGCAAGGGGGACAGUUCUCUGUAUUUUUGCUACGGAGCUCUGGAAAUCCCUGUGCGUUUCGCUCUGUUAAAAGCACUGCCCUGAGGUAGCCUUCCUCCUGCUGGGAAUGAAGAUCGACCUUUCCCUGGCAUCAUAGUUCUUGGCGUGGAGCCAGCCACAAAAGAGGUUCUUUUGGGUCCAGGUGCCUCCUGACUCAUUUCCAUGGGCUUCCUUUGCAUCAGGCAAGUUUCAUCUGUGUUAACUGUCUUGGUAAACCUAGGUGACAGACGGAAACAAAGCCAGUGGAAUGCUUACAAGGCAUUGCUAUUACCUACCCACCACGGAGUUACCAGCAUUCCCAGGACCCCCUUUUUUAGGGAUAGUGUGGUGGGAAGUUUUAAAAGGAAGUGUGGUAUGUUAUUGCCAGGGAGUCUGGUAGAAUCCCUAAAGAUGUCUUUGAAGGGAUUCUUGGAGUGAAAAAAGGCUGCUUCUGUCCCAGAGGUGGCCCCUGUGGUGUCAGUGUGGAGUGUUUCCUUGGUUCUGUUUCUCCUUUCUCGUCCCCUCCCAUCUCCAGCAAGUGGGAGCCAGGAAGGAAGAAUCCACCGUGGACCUUGGGGAGAACUUGAGUGUUGUGGUUCUGAGCAAGGUCACUGCCCUGGGUCCUGGGUAGACCCAGUGAACGACUUAAGCUGCUGCCGUGCCCAGCAGGACAAGGAACAGUAUUACUUCCCUGGGGCAGCCCACCCGGCUGGGCCAUGGCCUCUGGAGGGAACAUCCUCCAUUUUAUGGGAGCAGCAACACAUAUCAGAAGCCAGGCUUGCUCUGUGGUCAUGCCCUGGGGACUCAGAGGGCCCGAGGCAGCCCUGUGCCACCAGUGGCAGUAGCAGUCUGGGCCCUUGUCGCCCCACACCCCAACGGAGCUGGCCUGGUUCAACAUAGCACAAACCCUUAGGAGAAAAGGAAUAAACGCCACCGACGCGCCCCCUGACCUCUGGGUCGGGGGGGCCCACUUCCGUGUAUGUCUGCGCGCAGCCCGUUCCCCACCUCCGCGGUCUUACCAGCUCGCUGAGAACCCUCACAGGUUGGCGCCUGGAUGCCUUACUCUCAGCAGUCAGGGGCUCGCUUGCUCUGCAGAUUUUUAAUUUCCUUUGGGCCCUGGGCUGGUUAGGACCUCUACAGCUUCAUCCUCUCACCAUUAAAUAGUGGCCUUUUCAGUAUUGUCCCCCUUCCCCUUUAUAAAUUGCUGAAGCCACAAAGCACACUUUGGGGAUCAUAGGUUGGGGUUCCAGAGAGGCAUUUGUGUGGUGGUUCCCUUCCCCAUGGGAUUUCCCUACUUGCUGUGUUCUCAACUUCUAAUAAAAAGAACCAAAUGGAACAUGAA